AUGAUUACCGGUAAAGGAAGACAAAAGAUCAGGCCUCCACGGAGGCCCCUCAUAGGUAGUGGCGAUGGCGAGUUCGAUGCGAUGUGGGCUAUCUUGCGGGAAGCUCUAAAAGAAAUCCACGAAAAGAACGCCUCCAAACUCUCCUUCGAGCAGCUCUACCGCGCCUCCUACAAGAUUGUCCUGAAGAAACAAGGCGACAAGUUGUACGACAAGGUCAAGGAAUUCGAGGAGCAGUGGUUCGGCCAAGAGGUCAUGACUGCUAUCGGCAGCCUUAUUACGCCAAACUUGGUUAAAAUCACACUUGGUGUCGUGGCGGGAACAACUGCGAACGAGAGACGCCUUCUCGGAGAGAUUUUCCUUACAGGUCUGAGGUCGAGCUGGCAGGAUCAUAUUACGGUUAUGAAUAUGACGACGGAUGUCCUGAUGUACAUGGACCGUGUCUAUUGCGCCGACAACCGGAAGGCAUCGAUAUUUACUACGUCAAUGGGGCUUUUCCGCGAGCACAUUCUACGGUCUACUUUUGGCAAGGCGACAGAGAACUCGGGUCUUACUACUUUCGAUAUUCUAAACUCUGUGAUUUUGGACCAGAUUGGAAUGGAGCGCGAGGGAGAUGUCAUCAACAGAAACCUCAUUCGAUCUAACAUAUACAUGCUUGAGGGUCUAUAUGAAUCGGAUGACGAAACCGAGAAUGAGAAGCUCUAUCUCACAGUUUUUGAGAUUGAGUUCCUCAAGGCAAGCAGGAAUUUCUACCAGAAGGAAUGCCAAACACUACUGCGAGAAUCAGAUGCCAGCUCUUGGCUACGGCAAACUAAGAAGCGAUUACUGGAAGAAGAAGACCGGUGCCAGACAACAAUUUCGAAUUUGACCGCGCCGAAGAUUGCGAAAGUGGUGGAGGAAGAGAUGGUCAGCAGCCAUUUGACGGAAUUCCUUGCUAUGGAAGGAAGUGGGAUUACAGCCAUGAUUGAAAAUGAUCGUUACGAAGAUCUCACCCUGCUCUAUCAACUAAUAUCCCGCGUCGACCCUACGAAGGAGCCUUUGAAGAUUGCUUUGCAGGCUCGUGUUUUGGAGUUGGGUGGGGACAUCAAUAAAAACAUUUCUAAUACCGACUUAUUGACCGUUCCCGCGGCGGAAGAAGGCGAGGCCGCGGAAGGUGAAAAGUCAAAGGCGCCAAAGCAAACCCAGCAAGGAAAGCAAACUACGGCGGCUAUCAAGUGGGUAGAUGAGGUCCUGCAACUCAAGGACAAGUUCGACACUAUGUGGAUGAACUGCUUGGACGAGGAUCUGAUCUUACAAACGGCGCUGACCAGGAGUUUCUCGGAUUUCAUUAACCUUUUCCAACGGUGCUCGGAAUAUGUCUCGCUGUUUAUUGACGACAAUCUCAAGCGCGGUAUCAAGGGCAAGACGGAAGCCGAAGUUGAUGUUGUUCUUGAUAAAGCCACUACACUUAUUCGAUACAUCCAAGACAAGGAUAUGUUCGAGCGAUACUACAAGAAGCAUCUUGCCCGGCGAUUACUACACGGCAAGUCUGAGAGUGCGGAUGUCGAGAAGCAAAUGAUUACCCGAAUGAAGCAGGAAAUCGGCAAUGCUUUCACGACAAAACUAGAAGGCAUGUUCAAGGACAUGUCGAUGUCUGAGGAGCUCACUUCCGGCUACCGGUCCCACAUUCGUAAUCUUGGCGAUAUGGAUAGGAAAGUCGUUGAUUUAUCCAUCAACGUGCUUACCACGAAUCAUUGGCCGAUGGAGUCGAUGGGUGGUGCCAAUGCGAGAGAGGAGGGCGGACGACACAAUUGUACUUGGCCUUCGGAAAUCAAUACUCUGCAAGAGUCAUUCAAGGCUUUUUACCUCAAGGAGAGAAAUGGCAGGAUGUUGACUUGGCUGGGCUUUCUCGGUAACGCAGACAUUCGCUGCGUAUUCCCAAAGAUUCCCGGAAAAGAAGGCGUUCUUGGCCGCGAAAGAAGACACGAAAUCAGUGUUCCUACAUACGGCAUGAUCAUCCUACUUCUUUUCAACGACCUAGCAAAAGGCGAGUCUCUUUCAUUUGAGGAGAUCCAGGAGCGCACCAAUAUCCCAACUCAAGAUCUGUCGCGACAACUUCACUCUCUUGCUGUUCACCCCAAAUGUAAAGUCUUAACCAAAGACCCCGCGAGUAAGGACUCACCAAAGGCGGGCGACAAGUUCUCUUUCAACGAGAAGUUCACCAGCAAAGCAGUUAAAAUCAAAGCUCCUGUGAUAUCUGGUUCCAUCAACAAGGUAGAAGGGGAAGAGGAGCGCAAGGACACCGAGGAGAGAAAUGAUGAACAUCGUGGCAAUGUUAUUGAUACUGUUAUUGUCCGCAUUAUGAAAGCACGCAAAGAACUCACCCACCAACUCCUCUUCUCGGAAGUCAUCACCCAGCUUUCACAACGCUUCAAGCCUGACCUCGGUAUGAUGAAGCGCCGUACCGAGUCGCUCAUCGAGCGAGAGUAUCUCGAGCGUGUUGAGGAGGCCAGUGCGCCUACCUACCGCUACCUUGCCUGA